AUGGUUGGACAGAUAGACCUUGUUUCUUUUGCCUAUCAGAGAGAUUGGAAUACAGACAUACUCCAUGGUGCUCUAUCCUUCACAAUUCGCUCCAGUGAGUUACCGGGUUUUGAGCCAUUUGUUGAGAAUAUAAAUCCUUCCAACAAAAAAGAAAAUGGUUUUAUAAAGGAUGUUUGGGAACAUUCCUUCAAGUGUUUUCUUCCUAAUACAACUGUGGAUAAGGUACAGAAUAAUAUUUGCACUGGAGAAAAGAUAAAGACUCUUCCUGGGACUUUGUUUGAGAUGAAAAUGACUGGCCACAGCUAUAGCAUCUACAAUGCUAUUUAUGCUGUAGCUUAUGCAUUACAUGCUGUAAUCUCAUAUAGACUUAAACACAGGAUAACGGUGGAUAGAAGAGGACUAAAAUCUCAUAUUCUGUUAUUAUGGCAGCUCCAUUAUUAUCUGAAAAUUGUAUCUUUUAACAACAGUGCUGGUGACAAUAUUUCUUUUGACCACAAUGGGGAGUUAGUAGUGGGAUUUGAUGUGAUCAACUGGGUCAUUUCUUCAAAUGAAUCCUUUUACAGAGUGAAAGUUGGGUGGUUGAAUCCUGGGACUGUUUCAGAACAAACUUUCACCAUCAAUGAGGAUGCCAUAAAGUGGCACAGAUGGUUUAAUCAGGCACAACCUCUUUCACUAUGCAGUGAGAAUUGCAAACCUGGUACAAGAAAGAAAGUGAAAGAAGGCGAGCCGUUUUGUUGCUACAUCUGCAUCCCAUGUCCUGAAGGAAAAAUUUCAGAGGAGCAGGAUAUGAAUGACUGCUACAACUGUGAAGCUGAAAAAUAUCCAAGCAAGAGUCAAGAUUUCUGUAUUCCUAAAACUGUAACCUACUUAUCUUAUGAGGAAUAUAUGGGGAUCACUUUAGCUUUCCUUGCCCUUUUAUUUUCUUUGGUGACAGCUUUGAUGCUUGGAGCAUUUAUAAAACAUCACAACACUCCCAUUGUCAAGGCCAAUAAUAGGAACCUCACCUACACUCUCCUUUUCUCUCUUCUGCUGUGUUUUCUUACUGCACUAUUGUUCAUUGGCUGCCCCCAGAAGGUGACAUGUCUCCUCCGACAAAUUACUUUUGGCAUUGUGUUCUCAGUGGCUCUUUCUUGUCUGCUGGCCAAAACAAUCACUGUGGUUUUGGCAUUCAUGGCCACGAAACCAGGAUCUAGGUUGAGAAAGUUGGUGGGAAAGAAACUGGCCAAUUCUAUUGUAAUUUCCUGUUCUCUCAUUCAAAUACACAUCUGUGCCAUAUGGUUGAUAAACUCCCCUUCAUUCCCAAAUGCUGACAUCCAUUCAAUGUCUAAAAAAAUUGUAUUGGAAUGUGAUGAAGGGUCUGCACUCAUGUUUUACUGUGUGUUGGGCUACCUGGGCUUCUUGGCUAUUGCCUGUUUCACUGUGGCUUUUUUUGCCAGAAAGUUACCUGAUAGUUUCAAUGAAGCAAAGUUCAUCACUUUCAGCAUGUUGGUCUUCUGUAGUGUUUGGUUAGCCUUUGUUCCUUCCUAUCUGAGCUCCACGGAAAAAUACUCAGUAGCUGUGGAGGCGUUUUCUAUUUUAUCUUCCAGUGCUGGAAUGCUAGGUUGCAUUUUUCUCCCCAAAUUUUACAUUAUUGUUCUGAGGCCUCAAAUAAACCACAGGGACAUGCUAAGAAGAAUAUGA